UCAGAACCCCCCCCCUGCCCACCCCCUCCUCCCCGGGACCCCCCUCCAGAAUGCCCGUGUAGCGGGGUCUGAGCGCGGGGAGCGCCCGUGAACAUGCCGUGUCUGGAGCAGUGAUCCGGGAGCAGGAGCGACAUGGAUCCGCUGUGGUGUCCCGUCCUCGUCGCUGCAGUGGCGGUCAGCCUCUUCUCCUCACGCGCACUCGCCGACAGAAAAUAUGGUUGUCUGUUUGAAGAUGAGCUCUGCACGCGGUACGAGUUCUGCGUCAACGACGGAGUGUUUGGACAGUGCCAGGAGCUGGCCGGUGCAGACCUGCACUCCUAUGAUAUUUCUUCCUCUGCUCUCCAGCGCCUCAGGAUCCCUCUCCAGAAACUGGCUCACAGAGGCCUGACGUGGCAGGACGACGCCACGCAGCAGGCCAUCUCCAGAGAGCUCUCCAAACUGAGGAGCGCCCCCCUCAAAUACCAGGCCACAGCCCCCAGCCCGCUGACCGCCUACAGCAGCUCCAGAGACAGGAAGCUGAGGCCCGUGCACGGCGAGCAGAGCAGGAACCUCCAGCAGUACCUGGCGGGGCUGGGCUUCCUGCCGCACGCCGAGGAGGACGGACACCCGAGGCUCCAGACGGAGGGAAGCAGAGUUCAGAAUGAAGACAUCAAACCUGAUGGUCAUUCAGAGUCCAGCCGGCCAAAACCCCAGACGGGCUGGAAAGAGACCACUGUCUACAGCCUUCAGAAGGGAGCUGGCCAGCCUCCAAUCACCAAAGUCUUUACUCAGAGUGGAGAGGGUAGGCACCCCAAGCUCAGUACAACCUCCUCCAGCCAGGGCCCGGGAAGGAGCGAGCUCCUCUCCAGCCAUCUGGCGCAGCUUCUCGCCGCGGCGCCCGGCCGUCAGCAAGGCGGCCCGGGCGGGGAGGCCGAGGGGCCCAGAGGGAAGCCGCACUACCUCAGCUACGUGCGGCCGGCUCCGAGCGAUCAUGCGGAGCCGCAGACUCUCGCUGUUUAUGGAUCCAAACCCCAAAGGCCCGAUCUAGACACACUGCUGCUCAAAGCUGGCUCAAACCGACUCGCCGCCAAACAUCCCCUCGGUGUUAUGGAUGAACGAUUCAUCCAGAACGUGGUGAAUCAGCUCGGGAGGCACAGCGUCCACAUGGAGGCUUUGAUGGGCAAAGACCUGGACCAGCUGGCCGGGGUCGUCACAGGAGCUCUGCAGGGGGCGCACGAGGAGAGGCCCGCGCUUGGGGCCCGUCCAGGACCGGGAGCCGCCGAGUCCAGGGGGGGCGCGAGCGGUAGCAGGGAGCCGCUGGCAGGGACGCGUCUGAAUCAGGACCAGGACCUGAAAUCAAACACGGAGCGGAUUCCAAACACACUGGAAAUGAAACAGCAAGGCCAACAAAUAGACGGCGCAGACAAAGAGCCCGUUGACAAGCAUGCGGCCUUCUUCUCCAAGCUGCUGGCUUAUCUUGACAUGCAGCCCUUUGGCGGCGCUCCAGAGGUCAACGGUGGACCGGCCCCCCUCCAGAAGACGGUCGGACUGGAGAACGUCCAGAGCAGGACGACGCUGGACCGGGUCCCCAUCCCCCAGCGCUGGGCGGAGAAGCCGGCGGCCGCCGCCGCUCCGAAGGGAGGCUCCACCCUGCGGCUGAGCGGCGGGGCCGAGGGGCCCGAGGCACAGGUGGACUCUGAGAUUGAGAGGUGGAUGCAGGGGUCUCUGGGGCCAGCGGGAAUGAAGCAGCAGGAGGAGCCGCAGAAGAAGGACAUGAAAGUCAAAACCCAGCUGGUUCACGUGGGAGUGAAGGAGUUUUCAAGCAGGGGGAAGGACAGACACUUCGGAUACAUCAUCACGGGCUCAGACUCCCUCACCAGCAGCCAAGGCUCGGACCUGAUGGAGCGCCUGACCCAGAGGGUGAACCUCCACGCCGCAGACCUCACCCAGCUCUCCAUCCUCGGUCCUGCGCUCACAUUCCGGGUCGGCCCAAACCCCAAGAAUGUAUCCACUGCAGAUGUGGUUCAAAUUGCAGUCCAGCAGAAGCAGCAGCUGGAGAAGGAGACAGGCCUGAAGAUAGUGGAGGCCGGAGUCAGCGAUCGGGGCAGCCUGACCCAGAUCCCCGUGGUGAAGGAAACCAGGGUGGAGUCGGGCCAGUUCGUGCUGCUCUCCGUCCUCUGCAUGCUCUUCAUCCUGGUGGCGGUGGCGGUGUCGGCGACCUUCUUCUGCGUGCGCCAGCGCUCGCACCUCCAUAUGAAGGAGAAGCUGGCCAGCCUGGGGACUGACACCAGCACCGAUGCCACCGCAACCUAUCAGGAGCUGUGUCGCCAGCGCAUGGCGAUCCGCGCGUCGGAGCGCGUGGAGCGCCCGGAAACCCUCCGCCACUCGCGCCUCAACAGCGUGUCGUCUCAGUUCAGCGACGGCCCCAUGGCCAGCCCGUCCACGCGCAGCAGCACCUCCUCCUGGUGCGAGGAGCCGGUCCCGUCCAACAUGGACAUCUCCACCGGUCACAUGAUCCUGUCAUACAUGGAGGACCACUUGAAGAACAAGAACCGUCUGGAGCGCGAGUGGGAGGCUCUGUGCUCCUACCAGGCGGAGCCCAGCGCCUGCAGCGUGGGCCAAGGCGAGCAGAACUCCAAGAGGAACCGCUCCGACGCCGUGGUCGUGUAUGAUCAUUCCAGGAUCACCUUGAAAGCAGAGAAUAACCACAGCAACUCAGAUUACAUCAACGCCAGCCCCAUCAUGGACCAUGACCCCCGUAACCCGACUUACAUCGCCUCGCAGGGCCCGCUCGCCUCCACUGUGGCAGACUUCUGGCAGAUGGUGUGGGAGAGCGGCUGCGUCGUCAUCGUCAUGCUGACCCCGCUGUCUGAGAACGGAGUGAAGCAGUCUCACCACUACUGGCCCGACGAGGGCUCCGACGUCUACCACAUAUACGAGGUCAAUUUGGUGUCGGAGCACAUCUGGUGCGAAGACUUCCUGGUGCGGAGCUUCUACCUGAAGAACCUGCAGACUAACGAGACCCGCACCGUCACCCAGUUCCACUUCCUGUCCUGGAUGGACCGCGGGAUCCCCAACUCGGCCCGAACCCUGUUAGACUUCCGCAGAAAGGUUAACAAGUGCUACCGGGGUCGAUCUUGCCCGAUAAUUGUGCACUGCAGUGAUGGAUCUGGCAGGAGUGGGACUUACAUUUUGAUUGACAUGGUCCUCAAUAGGAUGGCUAAAGGUGCUAAAGAGAUUGAUAUUGCCGCUACCCUGGAGCACUUGAGAGACCAGAGAGCUGGCAUGGUCCAGACAAAGGAGCAGUUUGAGUUUGCGCUGACAGCCGUGGCAGAGGAGGUGAACGCCAUCCUGAAAGCACUUCCUCAGUGAAGGCACCACAGUCCCCUCCCCCUCCUUCCCCACCCCCCCACCUUCACCACAACCUCCACCAUCUUCUCCUGGCUCGCUGAGCACCGGUUUCCUCUGCCCACUCAAGACUGACAUCUCUCUCUGCCCUCCCCUCCCCUCCCCCCCGCUCCGUCUCUCUCCCUCCUCCUCACCUCUAUAUAUACUGUAUACUUAUGAAUGUCGUGCCGGAUAUCUCACCUGGAUCCAUGUUCACGUCGGGUUCUGCUGCACCGACGCGGUGUGUGUUGAUAUGAACCGUGGUCCUCUAUAACCGUGACGUCGUUCCUGAACAUGCCGUUCUAUAGUGCCACUGACGAGAUGUUUGCGUGGUGUCAAGUGAAGGUUUUUUUUUUUUUUUUUUGUU